AUACUUGUGCAAGUGACAUAUGUGUUCACAAUUGCCUUGGAUACAUUCACUUUAUUUACAUUGUUUUGAAUAAAAAUGUAAUAUCUUACACUAUUUGCAGCUUAUCUGGUAAAGAUGGACAGUAUUCUUUUAAAGCUUUUCGCCUCCGACACAGAAGAGUUGUAUGUUUUGGACUGCCUGGCAUACUUCAUGAUUUUCAUGGCUGCUUGUACCUUCAUAACUUUACUCUUUGAAAAUGUCCCCUAUGGCAGAUACGCAACAAGCAGAUAUGGAUUCCCCGUCAACGUCAAAUUCGCCUGGUUCGUGCAGGAACUACCUGCUUUUCUGGUGCCACUGUGCCUUGUGCUGUGGACUUCUGCUGCGAAAACCACUCAUCUUCCCAAUCAGUUACUGCUGGUCAUGUACUUCUGCCACUAUGUGCAAAGAUCUCUCAUCUAUCCAUUUUUAAUUCGUGGAGGGAAAUCUACACCGUUUGCAUCGUUCGCCUUGGCCUUUGUGUUCUGCAUCUAUAAUGGCUACAUGCAGGUCAGAUACCUGAGCCACUAUGCAGAGUACUCUGCUGAUUGGGUUACCAGCCCUUGCUUUAUCACAGGCUCUGCGCUGUGGUUGGUGGGUUGGUUGGUGAACGUUCACUCAGACCACAUCCUGAGGAACCUACGGAAGCCUGGAGAGACCGGCUACAAGAUACCAACAGGUGGGCUGUUUGAGUAUGUGUCUGGAGCAAACUUCUUUGGCGAGAUAACAGAGUGGGCGGGAUUUGCCCUGGCGGCUCAUUCUGUCCACAGCACAUCCUUCUCCAUCUUCACUCUCAUUGUUCUUGCCAGCAGAGCCUUCGCUCACCACAGGUGGUACCUUCAGAAAUUCGAAGACUACCCCAAAUCCAGGAAGGCAUUGAUACCAUUUGUAUUAUAAUGAUUCACUACAACAAUCCAACCUCCAACAGCCCAACGCAACGAGCUGUGACCCUAUGCUACAUCAUCUGGGGUCUGGUUAGGUUUGUUAUUGCUUGUUUGUGUUUACCUCAAGAGAAUACGUACAAGGAUGAACACAAUGAGUACUGACAAUUCUAUUCACUGGGAAGAUAUGAAGAGCUCUAGAAACCACAACACCACUGACAAGAUUAUUAGACAUACCCUGAUGGAGGCUACAAUGCCAAGUAGAGGCAAUUUAUUUUAUUAAAAUAAAAGAAAUCCUCCAAGA